AUGUCGUCCCAGUACUCAGCCGGCCUCCCUUCCACCUUUGACCCAUUCAAGACACAUCCCUUCACCAAUAUCAGUCGGGCUCCGCCACCAAUGCCUGCACCAAACCCAUAUCCGCGUCCAGUCCGAACGUACCAGCCACCCGGUGCGCAGGCACGACCGCCUGCACCAACAGCACCGUCGUCGCUACCGACGUCCCAGACACCCGUGCACUCUCCCCAGCCACAACGGGCGUCGCCACAAACAGCCACCGCGACGCGGAUGCACGUAUUCGAGCCGUUCAAGUACGAGCGAGCAUCGCCCGACCUUCAGGACGUGCUUGCGAAGAAGGGCGCCAACAGCCCAGGCAGACGGCCCUCGAACACUGCCCGGGAUGACGCAAAGCAAAAGAAGACGAAAUAA